CCUCUUCCUCCGCCCUCCAGUUCCUCCUGACGGCAGCAGCGUCUCUCUCUCUCUCUCUCCCUCUCCCUCUCUCUCUCUCUCUCUCUCUGGCUCGGUUCCCGUGGCGCGCGCUCGCCCGUGUUCCCGUUCUCUCGCUCUAUCCGCCCCCGCCCCCGUGGCAUGCCAACCAACGAGCCGGGGCCGCUUUCGCUUUGUGCGCGCCGGGGCGGCGGUACAUCAAAGCCUUCUAGUUCCCGCUCCGGCCUUUGACGGCUGCGUCGCGGCCGCUCGCUCAGUCAUCGCUCGGUAGGCGAAGCCGGCACGCCGUGGAUGAACGGUCGCGCGCGCGCCAACGCUCGCCGAAUCCGUGGGAUCCGGUGGCCGACUUAGCUUGGCCAAUUUCGCACGGGACUCGAUCCAAUCCUCCUCGUCGUGCGGGCUAUGUCGCCCCGUGGCAGCAAGUGCGCGACGCGGGUCAACCAGAGGCCGACCGCGAAAGGGAGGCGCGGGCCUAAUCAUCAUCAUCAUCAGCAGCAGAGGAGACGGGCGGAGGGGGCCGAGGAGGGGGCCGAGGAGGGCGACAAGGAGAAGAGGAGCGUCGAGGGUGGCGAAUCGGUCGAAGGAGGUAGUGGUACGACGACGACGACGACGACGGCGACGAGAACGAGUAAGUCUGCGGUGGCGGCGUGCGAGGGUCGAUCGUCGUGGGCGGGGCGCAUGCGCCAACCCCUGGAGAGCGGCCUCGAGCCCCGUGAAAACGGCACCCUGAUGCAACAACGAUGGCCGACAGGCAGGCAACGCCGCCGCGAUCGGAUCGCGGCCGACGAGGAUGACACGGGGAAGCAAUGCGGUGACGGGACGGUGUCCUCGUCCAUCGCCUCCUCGCUCUCCUCGCCCGCCCUGUCCUCCACCACGGACGAGGCCUCAAGAGGAUCGACCUCGCCUCCGUCCAGCGUGUCCUCGCCCGCGCGCUCCACCUCGUCGACCUCUGUCGGCGCGAUCUCGCGGCACGAGAACGGCAAGCACGGGAAGGAGGAGGAGGAGGAGGAGGAGAACGAUCGAAGGAAGGAAGACAGGAAGGAUACGGGCUCCUCGAGGGUUGGGAACGAGGUGCAUCAGGAUAGAAUUAGGAAGAGGAAACAGGAGAGGCAGUGCUCUUCGAAAGGACGGAGUGUCGCGGUGGUGAGCUCGGAGAAAUCGGGAUCCAACAACUGUAUUCCCACCAUCUCCUCCCCCUCGCCGUUCUCCACCUCCGCCUCCGACAAGGCGAGCCCGGAACAGGCCAAUCCAAGAGUUUGCCCGGCCGUCUCCCACUCGUCCGUUGUCGAGAGCCUGAGGAACGCUCUGGAAAGCUACGACCGAAGCAGGAUCUACCUCGCACAUGUGUCCUUUCUGGAUUGGCGGGACCUGCCCGGACGACGCCGCGCCACCGCCGCCGCGGCUGGCGACGCCGAGAGGGUGUGGGUGGUGGGGGCUGCUGAUCACGAGGGCCACCACAGGACGCGGUUGCUGGUGACGGGCCGCCAUUGGCGGCCACGUUGCCUUAGACGGGUGAACAUGCUCAGCCAGCCGGUGAUAUACGCCGGCGGUGGCAGGGGUUCCCUGACCGUGGACCUGUUCCUCUGGUGGUUCCACCGAGAAUUCGCCGUCACCGCGAUGGCGAUGCACCCCGAUGGCGCCGUGUUGGUCGCCGAGACGGCCGAUUACUUGCCGCCCGAGGCCGAUUGCGUCGCCGCCGAUGGACUGGUCCGUUUGUUCGUCGUGCCCAAGGAUUGCCUCGAGACGAGGAUCGUGGUCAGGGAGUUGAGGGUUAGGCUCGCGACCGGCGUCCUCACCAGAGCCUGUUACGGCGUGUAUCGCAACGCCUCGAACGCCUGCCUUGGGAAGGAGGCGACGGCCGACCCCCUCGCCGCCUAUCUCAGAAGAUUCACGCUGAAGGAGGCGUUCGCCGAUCUUCACCGUGCCUGGCUCAGCGUCCGGUCGGAAACGUUCGCGAGAAGUUGGAUCCUGCCGCGCGACCGCGACGACGCGGCGGCGCCGAUCGGCCGCUCUGGCAACGCGGCAGGCCUCGUAGGCUUCUCGUCCCGCGUCCACGCGGGCUCGAGCGAGGCGCAGGAGGAGGACAGGAUGCUGUUGAUGGAGUUGCGGAACGUGGCCAGGGAGGCGGGUGUUCGGGUCAGCGACGAGGAGUUGAGCAAGUGGAUCCUCGAGGAUGAGAGCUGUAACGAUACCUCGUUGUCGUCGUCCUCAUCCUCCUCCUCAUCCUCGUCGUCGUCGUCAUCAUCGUCGUCGUCUUCGUCGUCGUCGUGGUGCGUGGAAAGGAAGAAGGAGCAUCGGCACGAGGAGGAGUUGCCGCGUUGCCGCGUGAAGAUCGAGGCGGAGGAGAAGUGGGCCGAUUACGAGGGCGCAACGGGGAAGCAACAAGGGACGGACGGGGAGGAGGAGGAGGAGGGGAUGAAGGAGGAGGAGGAGGACGAGCCCACCGCGGAAGAGACUGUCGGUCUGCUGUCGAGGGUGCUGACUUGGAUGGAAAGGGAGCCUCUCGAUCCAGGACUGUUACUCGCUGUCAGAUCGAUGCGCGAUACCGCCGCACUCAUGGCGAGCAAGAUGGGCCUGGCGGGGACCCAUCCGAGCGGUUUGCCCUUCUUUUGCCCCAACGGGGACCACCUGACUCAACCACCGCCUGCUCAUAUGGGAAUUCCACCGUACGGGACAUUGGAUGCGGGUAAAGCAGCCGCAGCGGCAGGCUUGACAAGAGCGCCGAUGUAUCCCUUCUCCACGGGUCAAUAUCCGUACCCCAUGCUUAGCCCGGAAAUGACGCAAGUCGCCGCUUCCUGGCACACACCGAGCAUGUACCCCAUUUCCCCGGCAAGCACUGGUUUCCGAAGUCCGUAUCCCACGAGUUUGCCCAUCACAAGUUCUAGUUUACCAAGUGAUCUCUACCGGUUUUCGCCGACGGGCCUGAUGCCUCCGCAUCCUGGAUUAAGUCCGCACGCACACGCGUUGGCGUCCCACGCAUUGGUGUCCUCGGCGCCGAAGACGGAUCAUUCCACCCUAGAUCACAAUCACAGGUCCACGGUGGAGCAGAAGAAUUCCACGUCGUUACCGUCGGAUAACGCGAAAGCACAGGAUACAGGGCAGCAGAACAAUCAAGAUAAAAAGAAACCCCAUAUAAAAAAGCCUUUGAACGCGUUCAUGCUGUACAUGAAGGAGAUGAGGGCGAAGGUCGUCGCUGAGUGUACCUUAAAAGAGAGCGCAGCGAUCAACCAAAUAUUGGGAAGACGAUGGCACUCGCUAAGCCGGGAGGAGCAGGCGCGGUAUUAUGAGGCGGCCAGGCAGGAGCGCCAUCUUCAUCAGCAACGAUACCCCGGCUGGAGUGCCAGGGAUAACUACGGAUACGGCAGCAAGAAGAAGAAGAGGAAGAAAGAACGGUCCGCAGAUCCCACCGGAGGUAACAACAUGAAGAAGUGUCGCGCAAGGUACGGAUUAGACCAGCAAAGCCAAUGGUGCAAGCCGUGCAGACGUAAGAAGAAAUGUAUCAGAUACAUGGGGGAGGGAGGAGAGGGCGACGGCGAAGCGGACGGCGAAGGCGACGACGAUCACUCGGAGGACAACCUCGGCAGCGUGGGGGAGGCGGGAACUCCUGAGGAGGACGAGUCUCUGAGCAGCCCCGGGGGCCUGUCCGCGUUGUCUAGUCUGGCCAGCCCCUCGCUCGUGUUACAGUCGCCCUCGAGCCUGGCCAGUCCGUGCCCCUGCCCCCUGACGCCGCCGGUGCCGCCCCCGCCCCUGCCCAACCCCGCGAGCCAACAACCGCACAACAAUCAGCCUGUGCAACCGCCGCCCCCGCAUCGUAACCCGGUCGGCACCAAUCCCCACGACAUCAACAACCCCCUCAGCGUGAACCAACUGACCGGCCAGUGUAUAAAGAGUGAAGUGGUGUCGGCCCCAUCGGGCACGUCCAACCCGGCGAUCAGUGUUACGUAGCCCCGGCCGGAACCACGUGACAAGACUGUUGCUGCCACCUUGCGUGUAGCCGACAACAGGGUCCGUGCACGUGUUGAACAGACGACGAGGUGCUGGAUCGUUUGGACGAUCAUCUGUGUCGCGAUUAUCCGGCCGGCCGUUGAAAGCGUGAAGGAGAAGGAGGAGGAGAAGGAGGGGGGCAACCGGUGGCAGUCUCUCCCGGUUUCCAUCCACGUUCGGUUGCCCUUCGGGAGGAGGAUGGGGGUAGUGUCCCCCAGGAGAUGGUGGUGGUGGUGGAGGAUAAUAGCAGAGGUGGACGAAGAGGAGACGGUUUGGACCGAUUGGAUAGAAAGUUCGACGAAAUCAAGGAUCGAAGGCAAGGUUAAGGAGGAUACGGAGGAUCGUCCUCGAUCGUGAUUAGGGGAUGGUUCGAUGUGGAGGCGAGACGCGGAGGGGAGGAUGGAGGUGGAGAAGGAAAGUGAGCCUGGGUUGUCGUUGUUGUCACCCGGGUAGAUAAUCCGACUCUCCCUCCUCUCUCUCUCUCUCCCGGCCUCUCCUCCCUCCCUCUAGCCCCUCCUCGAACGAAUAUUGCACUCACAAUUGAUUGUACGAAAUGGGGGAGGGGGAGAGGGAGAAGGAAAACAGUUUAUUACGCUUGGUGCGAGAAGGACGAACAAUGGACGUGAGCGAGCGAGAGAUGUAUGGGUAGGGGAGGGGAGGGAGGGGAUAUAGGUAAGCGAGGAAAGCGGAUGAAAAAUACGAUGCAGAAAUACUCAGGACCAAGUGUCUGGCUGUAGUCACCCACUCGAGAGAGAGAAAGAUUGUUAGGUGAUUUUAGAUGCGUGGUGGAGAAUGUGAUGGAGUGAGAGGGAGAAAGAGAGAUAUGAUACGAUUGUACGACGAUUGUGUGUGCGGUUAUUGCGUGCGAUGUGUAUAUGGGCGAAAGGCGUGAUUAAAGGGUGGCGAUAAAAAAGUGCGCGUGACACAGCUUGUAGUCCUUGUUACGUUGUGAUGCCAAUGACUGAGAGGUCAUGUUCCUGUGCCAGGUACUAUAUUCUAUAAAGUAAUUAUACCGCAGACGUAAUAACUAAAGGUUAAAAACGAGGAAGCAAGGAAGAACGAAUCGGGAAAAUUGAGAAAUAUAUGUAUGUGUUACGUGUGCAAGAGAGAGAGAGAGAGAGAAAGAAAGAAUGAGAGGAUUGUAUGACGAACGAAGAACAGAAGGAAGAGGAGAAGAAGAAGAAGAAGAAGAAGAAGAAGAGGAGAGCAAGAUUCAGAUAAUGAUGAGUUUGAACGAAACGAGAGAGCAAGACGAUUUUCUCGUGAUUCAUUUUCUUUUUUAUUCGACCUCAUUGUGUCAAAAUACCUAUUCUUCUGUGUACGUAAUUUGUUAUUUUUUUAAAAGUCUAUAUACACACACACAUACCGUGCGAUUGAUUAGCGUGUAAGAUUUUCUUUUCUUUUCUUUAUUUUUCUUUUUUCUUUUUUUUUUGAGAUCUUUUUAUAAAUCUUUCACCCCACGAUCUUUCAUUUCACUCCUCGUCUGACCUUUUCACAAUUUUCAAUUCGCGUAACGCGAUCCAUAGGCGAAGAAGAGAUUCAAUUCGCCUCUUUCAAGUCUUAUUAAUCGGGACCAUCCCGAAUCGAUCUCCGUUGCAUAAUAAUAAACUAUUUAGACAAAAAUCUCAGGAAUCUUUAUCGAGCACGACGAUGAUUCUCUCUCUCUUCCCCCGAACGAUCUUCUCGUAAUAAUUUUUUUCACAAAUUUGAGGGACAAAAGUAUACGAAAAUAUGAAAUGCGAUAUAGAAGGACGAGUAUAAGCCACCGCCCCCCCGCGCUUUCGAGUUAAAAAUCGAUCGAGACAAUAACCAAGAGACUGUUCUGUCGUCGAAUGCGCGUCCCAGAGCUUCCAUUAGAAACCAUGUCCAAGAGUGGCUACGUAUACUCGGCUUCGUUUCUCAAUGAUCGUUCAUGAUCGAGGAAGGAGACACGAUGUAAGUUUUAUUAUUUAACGAGUGUCGUUACCGAUCGAGCAAAGAGAUCGUUUUUUCGAGUGUUCGCUUCUCUCUCUCUCUCUCUUUCUCCCCCCAUCCCUCCUUUCCUCAAUUCGUUUAUUUUCUUCUUUUUUUAUUUUUUUCACGCCACAAUAUCUUCCCUGAUGAAACGGGAAAAGAUCUUAAUCAGACUUAAUUCGUUAUUAGUUGAUUAGUUAGAAUCGAGAAAAUUCUUCUUUUUUUCGAAGAAAAUAUAUUUUCUUUUUAUCUUU